CUUCACAGCUACUUUACAGAGCAACUCCAGGGAUUGGUAUCCUCUGUGGAUGAAAGUUGUUUGUUUAUUUAUUUAUUUAUUUAUUUUUGUUGCAUUUGGUAUUCUAUUCUGUGGGGAACUGAUUGAUGACCAGAAAGAAUGUUGUUUUUGGGAAUACCCAAUCAAGCUUGCACAGAAUGACAGUGCCAGCUAGCCACGAACUAGUGGGUUUCCUGCAUGCACUAGCGUUGUAGCGCUUUCAACAUGAUGGCCGUAGCUGCCGCAACCAGUUGCAGGGCAUCGGGAGUGAGUUGUAAAGGAGCUCAUCAGUAUCAGCUACACACACACCCCCACUAGACAAUCUCUCUGCAGUCCUGGAAUGGGGCUUCGUUGUGAGUCAAGAAGUUUGUGUGUCUUCUAACCUCUGAGUGUGUCAGUGAAGACAGUAAAAACAAUGCUAUGAAACAGUGAAGGAUAUCAGUAACAAUUAGUAGCAGUGUUAGAUGUGGUCGGUUGUGACCCGUGCGGGGUGGAGAUACGCUGCAGGCUUUUGCCGUUGAAGCCACAGACUACAUGGUCUUAUCGCCAUAUAAACUUUCUUUUUAUUUUCUUUUUAUUUUUACUUGCCUCGAACAUGCUCCCAGUUUGAGUUCGGAACCUUGCGACUGCUGUUGCAACAAGCUGAAGCCAGCGAGCCAUCUAACUUCACCUGAAGUGAAGAAAGGUGGAAAUUUGAGCAAUUGUAGAAAGUGGUAAAGAAACUGUGAGCGUGAGUUUUUCCGUUUGUGUUGAAAAGCAGUAGGAACUAACAUGCAAUAGCCAAAGCCGCGAAGACAGCCACACUUGUGAUUAUUCUAUUACAUGGUGAAAGCAGCCAAAUUUGAUCUAGUCGGCCCCCAGAAGUUGGGACUUGUACACACAGAACAUUUUAUAUGUCCAGCGGUCGCAGCGAUACUUGCAUGAGCCUCGGAAGAGAUUUGCUUCUCCUUCAUCUCCAGUCUGGUUAUGAGAGUUGUAUUUUCCACUGUGUCUGUGUUUGUGUGUGUGUGUCUGAGCAUCGUGUAUGGAGACGUCGCUGGGUUUGAGCACGUUGCCGGUAUCUUCGUAGUGAUUUUUAGAGGAGUAGAAGAGAUUCGUCCUAGUGUUAACAGCUUUCCUAAUUAAACGAUGAUCGUUGUUGAUGUUUGGUGGAACUGACAAUUAGGGGUCGCUCGUGAUAGGUUCCUGGUUGGAGAUUUUGAGGACUGCGUCAGUGCCGCCGGGAUUUCGAUAGCUUGUAAUGCAGCUUCUUAUCGUCUGCAACUGGCGCUAGCUUUUGCAAACACAUUCUGCAGCUUCUCAUGAGAAUUUAAUUCUCACUCUUUAGUGGCAAAACUGUAGUCUUCCAUGUACACUGCAAAAUGCAACGGGCAUGGACUUUCUGCUGGAGUCAGAAACGUGAAGUCGGCGAAGCUGAUAACACGAUUUCCUACCCUUGCCAAACUUUUCCAAAUCGUCACUCCACAUUACGAAUUUCAUGGUGAUUGGUCCUCGGGUGAAAGUAGCGGCGGUUUCGUGAGCUCAAAGCGACGGUGGCUAUAUCACUCUCAGACGGUCGUCACUGUGCGUUCUUGUGAUCAUUAGUUUUAAGCACUGAGUAUUCUCCCUGGUCUUCUUUGAGGUUAGGGGAACUACGAUAACCUAUUUACAAACCGACUUCGUAUACAUUUAGAUCUUGGUAGUCUUAGUUUUCAAUCCUAAUAGAGUAGCUAAACUGUUGCUGGGAAUUGUGACAACCAAAUCUGAUAUUUCUUCUUCGAGACUUUCCACUUCAGAGUUCCCCAGAAUUCCCAGAAAUAUCCCCAUCAUGAACAACAGGCCUUUAGAUGCUCCAUAUGUUGCUGCGUAACUCGUGGAGGUAGUGGUAGCAGUUCCCACAACACCCUGGUUCCACAUUAUUUUUCAUGAAGUAUUUCCUGGAAUUAGAUCUCUAUUAAGUAGUGUCCUAGGAGAAAGUUAUCCUUGCAUUGUUUAACCUGAAUUUCCAUUUUCUUGUGGAAUUCAGUGACGCGAUUUUCAGGUUCAUCCUGAGUAGGUUUCUUACUCUCUAAUCGCUUGCUGUCGUAUGAGUUUGAGUCACUACUGUAGCUCGAGGUGGACCUUGGUGAGUCUGAGAGUUCCGACGCCAGAGCUCUAUUGCAGGAUGUUUCGGCAUUCCAGUUUGUAAACAGGGAAAGUGCCUACGAAACCAAUUUGUGGCUUACGCACAUUCAUGGCAUCGGCCUUGGACUCGGAAACUUAGAGGAUAAGUUAUCAAAGUGUUGCUACACUGCAACGUGGACCUCUUUGUACUGACGAUUCAUCAUGAUGAAUUAGUUCCUUGCACGCUUCACUGUACGAGGGUAUUGGUCCCCGCAGUGCAGAAGAGGGCAGGAAGAAGUGGUUGCUCGAAAACACUGCAACACUUUUCGAAUUGUCUGAUGAUGAGGUAAUAUUUGUAUUGACGCAAUACCCACAGUUGGGGUCUGUAACGAGCUUGUACAAGUCUUUAUCAUUCUUUUGAAUGCAGCUAGGGCCAACCGAGGCUGGAGCUGAUUGCUACCGUUGCAAGUUUGGUUCAUUCAUCCACGGAGGAUGGCGCCAAAUCUGAGGAAGACUAAACCAGCAGAAGUGAUUUUAGGGUGGUCAGCGGGGUUCUCUUGCCUUAUUAAACCUGAUCAUAUACACACAAAUCAAGGCAGUGCGCAUUUAAGAGCUGUUGAUUGCAUCGCUUGAGAUGUGUGCUCCAGCCAUGGAUGGUUCAUGAGAGGUGGGCGCAGACGUAGAGGAGCAUUCAUCGGAGUCGUUCAAAUUGGACAGCUUCUCACUGAUACUCGUGAGCGCCUACAUGGAGCACCAGAAAGGACUCUCGAACGAUACAGACUCAAAAACCUCAAAUGCAUCAAGUAAAGCUGAGCACGAAAGCACUGGAUUUUCAGCUACUCCAGAUAAGCGCUUGUCUAGCUCAGUGUUUGAUGCAAGUCUAGAUGCAUCGCAACUAGAUUUGGAUUCACACCUCGAUGCGCUUCGCUCUCAAAACUGUCGAAUGGAUAAUAAUCCUCUUGGUUCCGACUGCGAUAUUCUAUGGAACCAGAUGCAACUGCAGUCCCACAAGAUGAUGCCCCUUAGCUGUCUGGCUUCCGACCAGAGGCCGCGGAGCAUAAUGUCCAGAGAUAGAUUUGGUAUUUCAUCGUCAAUUGAAAAUUACACCGAUUCCUCCCUGUUUCGGUUGUCAAGUAAUCUGGGUGGAGCUCCUCAAUCAAUAGUUAAACCCGAAUUGCUGUGGAAUAAAUGCGAAGAGUUUGCACACGAUGCUUUCACCGAGUCGACAACAAGUCCGGGGGAGAUGGCAUCGAAGUUUUUGAACAUGCAAACGUCAAGGCAAGGUUACAUGCCAGUCCAAAUUGCCAGCAGCAGCGGCACGCAUGCUGAAGCUGAGGUUAACCCACCAGCUGAGAAAAAAAUGAGAUCCAUGAUGAGGAUGCCCAUAGUUGGAAAGCAGGAAUAUUCCUUAGACCCCAUUCAGUGUCCACAAGAGCCGGGACAAGUUCCAAUUUUUCAGGGAGAAGCCCUGGAAAGCUUCAUGCUAUCCAACACAACAAAAUACAUCCUUCCUCCACAGUCUGCAGAAUUGGAGAAACAGCAGAGGAGGCGUUCAGAGGAGAAGGCGAAACGGAUUCAAGUGCUUGGGGUGCGAGGAGUGGGAAGUGUCAUGGGCACUAGGGAGUUGAACACCAUGGAGCAGCUGUUAGUUCAAUGUGCCACUGCUCUUGAGGUUAGUGAUAUAACAUACGCGCAGCAGACAAUCUUCGUGAUCAACAACAUUGCUGCCGCGGACGGUGACCCAAACCAGCGUCUGUUAGCCCACUUUUUGAGGGCGUUAAUUUUGAGAGCGUCGAAAUUCACGCCUCAUCUACUACCUGGAAACGACAACCCUCACACGAAGAGCCGAAAGCUGAAGACCGUGCUUGAGCUCACAAACUACAUAGAUGUGAUGCCCUGGUACCGGUUUGGUUUUAUUGCAGCGAACGGGGCAAUACUUGAAGCUUUUGAGGGGAAGGAGAAGGUGCAUAUCCUGGAUUUGAACAUUAGUCACUGUAUGCAGUGGCCUACGUUGAUAGAGUCGCUGGCUGAGAGAAAUGAAGGCCCACCACAGCUGCGGCUAACAGUGUGCGUCUCCAAGGCUCCCAUCCCACCAUUGCUUGAUGUCCCAUACGAUGAGCUCAUCAUCCGUCUGGCUAAAUUUGCACGCUCCAAAAAUGUUCCCUUUGAGUAUCAAUUGCUGUUCGAGGAUAUUGAAAAACUGGAUGUUUCGAAGAUAGGAAUACGGGAAGGGGAGGUUCUUGCUGUGAAUUGUCUGUUUAGAUUACACUAUGUGACUGAUGAAUGCACAGAGCUGUCAACCUUAAGCCCAAGAGAAGAAGUUCUAUACUUUAUACGGAAAUUGAACCCAGCAAUUGUAACUUUGACGGAGGAUGAUGCCAGUCUGACAUCACCGAAACUCGUAACGAGAUUGAAGGCCGCCUUUAAUUAUUUUUGGAUACCGUUUGAUGCACUGCACACUUUACUGCCAAAGGAAUGCCAGCAGCGUUUGCAUUGUGAAGACGAGGUGGCCAACAAGAUCGAAAACUUGAUAGCGUGUGAGGGGAAGCAUCGAAUUGAGCGAGUGGAGGCAAAGGACCGAUGGGUUCAACGCAUGAAGAGAGCCAGAUUCCACAUGGUUUCAUUCAGUGAGGAUGUUGUGACCGAAAACAAGCUCAUGCUUGGGGAGCAUUCAGGCUGUUGGGGUCUCCGUAAGGAUGAAGACGAGGAUGUUCUGUUCCUCACAUGGAAAGGUCAUAAUGUAAGCUUCUCAACGGCAUGGUUGCCUGCCAAUCCGCUUCUGCCCCUUCGAUGAUCCUUGGUAAUACUGGGACAGAUACGCUUUUAGAUUUCUUUUAAGAAUUCAUCAAUAAUUCCUUGACAGGCCUCUAACUGUACUUAUUUUACCACCAGGGCCACUCAUUUUAAUGCACAAAUAGAAACUGGUCACUACUUUCUAUAAAACCCAUGUCUGCGUAUACACAUUGUGUGCUUAA